CUGAGUAUAUUAGUUAUAGUGAUUUUGUAUCUUUGGUAAGAAGCAAAAUUGGUUUGUUAGACAAAUAUAGAAUUAGUCUUCGUUUCCACCAUCCUGAAUUAAAUUAUUAUAUAACUAUAGUUGAAGACAUGGAUGUUAGAAUGUUGAUAAACGUAAUCAAAUGUAGUGGAGGAAGGGCUGUGAAAGUGUUUGUGGUGGUUGAUGAAGUUGAGAAGGUUAAUAGGGGUUGUGAAAUUGGAAACCAGCUUGUUGGUAAUUUAUGCAGUUAUAAAGGGAGCAACGAUCCGAUAGAUAUAACCGAGCUACAAAGCAAUUCCGAUAGAGAUGAGUUGGGUGAUGAAGUUAAAGCUAAGUUUCCCGAUAACCUUUUUCACGGUAUGCCCCCUGUACCAGCAUGGCCAGUUGAUAUUAAUGAAGAUAUCCCAACACAGAUGGUAGACAUGAAUCUUCAAAAGAUUCAAUGUGAGAGUAUAUUUAAGAACAAAGAACUUUUAAAGCGGUGUAUUGGUAAAAAAAAUGUCUUCGAGAAGGUUUCCAGACGAGGACAAGUAGAUCCACCAAAUCAAGGUAUGAAGCUGUGUGUGUUUCGAAAAAUUGUUCUUGGUUACUAAGAGCAAAAGCAAUUAAAAAUUCUGAUGGACUUUUCCAAGUGAAUAAAUUUGUUGAUGUACACACAUGUUCUUCAACAUUGUUGCAACCUAAUCAUCGACAAGCAAACAAAUAUGUUUUGGGUGAAUAUGUUGCUGAUGUUUUGGCUGAAGACUAUAGUAGAGUUUAUCGGGGAAAAGAAAUUGUU